AUGACUUCUAGCAAUCAAAAAGAAAAUAUACCUCCACGUCACAAUACCAAUAAAGGAAAAAAAGUUCGACAGUGGAAUCCGCAAGAUAUGGCAAAAGCAAUAGAAGCUGUUCGCAAUAAGGAAAUGGGAUGGUUAAAAGCUUCUAAACAGCUGAAUGUGCCACAAAGAACUUUAAGACGAUUAGCCGAUGAGAAAUAUGGUUCUCCCGAAGAGGCUGCUUCUUGUAAACAUGGAAGGUUUCCUGUAUUUAAUGAUAAAUUAGAAGAGGAACUGGUUCAGUACUGUCUCAUAAUGGAAUCGCAUUUUUAUGGUCUAACAAGGAAGGAUUUACGUAAAAUGGCAUUACAAUUAGCCAUUAAAAACAAAAUAAAGCAUCCUUUUAAUAAUAUAAUGGCUGGCAAAAAAUGGCUUACUUCGUUUUUAAAGAGGCAUCCUAGUUUGUCAAUUCAGAAACCUACAGGAACAUCCUUUGUCAGAAAGGAAGAAUUUAAUAAAGAAAGUAUGAACAAGUUUUUUGAUUUAUUGGAUGCUGCUUUUGAUGAGUAUAAUUACCCACCAGAUCGUAUUUUUAAUAUUGAUGAGACGGGUUUGACUGUUGUCCCAAGCAAAAUUCCUCUAGUUAUUGGAAGAAAAGGAUCUUUAAUAACUUUAAUCAUUUGCGCGAUGAAUGCUACUGGAAUAUUUGUUCCCCCAAUGGUUAUAUUUCCAAGGAAAAAUAUGACAGACGUGUUAAUGAGAGGUGCCCCUUCUGGUUCAGUUGGUGUCGCACAUCCAUCAGGAUGGGUACAAACUAACCUAUUUACCAAAUGGUUUGAACAUUUUAUUGAUAAAACUAAACCAAGUAAAAAUGAUCCUAUCUUAUUAUUACUUGAUGGACAUUAUAGUCAUACAAAAAAUAUUGAAUUAAUAGAUCUUUCGACAAAACAUUUUGUAAAAAUAAUUUCGCUUCCUCCACAUACGACACAUAAACUUCAGCCACUGGAUAAAUCUUUUAUGAGCCCAUUAAAGACAUACUAUUCAGAAGAAAUUAGAAUAUGGACACGUACAACAGGAAGACCGAUUACUCAAUUUGAUAUUAUGGAUCUACUUGGCCGUGCUUACAUCAAAUGUCAAACUGCUGAAAUUGCUGUCAACGGCUUUAAAGCAACAGGAAUAUACCCUCCGAAUCGCAACAUUUUUUCUGAUAUGGAUUAUUUAGCGUCACAAGAAGAGAUAGAAGAAGUACAUUCUGAAAAUGUUUUGCCUCUAACUCCAGUGCUCGCAUCUGAUGAAGUUUCUGUUAAUAGUAAUAUACUUAAACCUUCCUAUUCUACAAUAUCAUCUAUUGAGUUACAACCAUCUACAUCAUAUAACAUUUCUCCGUUUGAAAUUAUGCCAUUAACAAAAAAGCGACGAAAAGUUUCAUCUAGAGGCCAGGUCGAGGAGGAAGUCGAGGAAGAGGUCGAGGAAGAGGUCGAGGAAAAGGUCGAGGAAGAGUUCGAGGAAGAAGUCGAGGAACAGAUAGUUCACACUGUCAAAAUUCGGAUCAAUUCGCUGGUCGAGAUAAUAAAAACGAUGUUUUGUCUAUAG